UUUACACAUCAUAGAACCAUAUGAUAUGAUGAAUAGUCUGCUCUGGCUCCCAGAAUACCCAACAACAUUCCAACCUGGAUGGGACAUAGAAGAAAUCCAUGCCACAUUCUUCAAAUGCAUCAGUUGGCAACUGGAAGAAACUCUUGAUACAAUCACCUGCCCUUACCAUUAUGUCUGUGAUAGAACACACCCUGCAGAUAAUUACCCUCCUGCAGUUGAUAUCUUAGUCUUUCUUUUCACUACAGCUUCUUACUUUAUCACACUUGUCAUUGUGAUAAUGGAUGUAAUAACCUCCGGAACAGGAAGAGGAAGAAUCCUCUUGAGUCAGUCAAAAAGGUUCUUGUUACCCUCUGGUCCAAUUUCCCUGCCUCUUAUAAUCUUAGCCUUUGCAAAAGGUCCUCAAAUUAACACAAUUUUCCCACUCUCUUGCACUGGUCCCGCAAUUCUUCUGCUAGUCCUUAUUUCUGCCUUAUCCUUUGACAAUGGAAUUGAACCCCAUAAGGACAUAAAGUACACAUUUUUUGCAGCAUCAACAAUCUCUGGCAUUUUGCAUGCAAGCUUGUAUCUUGAUUCUGUUGUGCUGCCUUAUUACACAGGUUUUGAUGCAUUGAUGACUUCAACAUUUUCAGGUGAGUGUGUGUCUUGUAUAUGCAGGAAAGAAGCUUUGGUUGUGGGAGGGAAACUAGUGAGGUACAGGGGUUGGUCAAUGACAACAUUUUUUGUUGUGGGUGUUCUGUGUUUGAGGCUUGUGUGUAAAAUCUCAGGAGAAAAUGCAUGGAAAUUAAUGUUAUCCAUCAAAACCUUGAUGAAAAAGUUGAGCUGGAUUUUGAUAACUGUGGAUUGUGUUUAUCUGAUAGCAAACUCACCACCAGAGAGAGCAAUGUUGAGAGCUGCUGCUUUUGGAAGCAUAUUUGUUUUGAUUUUGCUUCAUGUCCUCAAAGAGGCAUGCAGUCAAAUUUACACAUUGGCUUGUGUAGCAGAAAAAUUGAGAAGGAUGCCAACAUCAUUGCAAACAGUGUAAAGAAAAUAACAAAACAAUUAACAAAAUCAAAUUGGAUUUUGGGAAAUUAGUCGCUUACUUUUAUUGUAAUUUCCCAGAUAGCUAUUGGUUUACUUUUAAUUGCUAUUGGCUUACAAGUUACAAAUAAUAGUAUGGGAUAACUUAGAUCACAGACAAGGGUUUUAGGUUAAAAUAGAUGGACUUUGGAUUUCUUUUUUUGUACUGGUAUAAUUGUCUGUUUCAGUGUGUUCGAAACAAUUUUAAAAUGUUUAAAUUGUUGAUACGUUCUUGUUUGCAUAAAGGUUA